GUUCAUUGUUUUUAAAAGAGGUUAUAAGUUGUUAUAGGUUGGAUGUGUCUGUUUGUCUGUGGCAUGAUAACUCGCGAACGGAUUGAUCGCUUUAAAUUAAAUUUUAUUUGUAUGAAAUGUGAAUUAAGUGCGAGUUUUCUUAGACAUGUUUGAUAAAAAUUGAGUAGUUUAAAAGUUGUGGGCAUGAAAGUGGGAAAGAAUAACCUAAUGUGUGCAAAUAUACUCGAGUAGGGACUCAAAUGAAAGCGCACUGAAAUAGAAGAAGUUGACUUAAUUGAGAUAGUCCUUAGCUUAGAAAAUUAGUGGUGGGUAACUAUCGGGGGUUUCUAAAUUUUAUUUCGUCACCUCUAAUUUCUACACGUCAAAUAGGCACCUAAUCAUCAAAUGAAAUAUUUUUGCAUCUGAUGAACAUUUUGACCAUCAUCGCCUGUCAUCUGAAAAAUAUUCCAUAAUACUUCUUCACAGGAGUGUCGAGAUGCCGUCCCUAUCGUUAAAGAUAGUGCAGGACAAUGGAGCCGUUACGAGGAAGGUGAAGUUCGACUCACGGAUGACGGUCCAGGAGGCGCACAAGGUCGUCAAGGAGAAGGUCAUCGUGCCGGAUAAUAAAGAAUAUGCGUUAUUCCUGCGCUCUGCUGACGACGACCUGACGGGCGUGUGGCUGGAGAACGAGCGGAACCUGGACUACUACAUGCUGCGGGAUGGAGACUCGCUCGACUACAUCUGCAAGGUCAGGAACCUGAGGGUCCGGCUUCUUGAUGGCACUGUGAAGACCCUGCAGGUGGAGGAGGCCAGCACAGUGAUAGAGCUGCUGUUCCAAGUGUGCGCGCGUAUCGGCAUCACCAACCAUGACGAGUAUGGACUGUGUCGUGAGGAAGUCGCAGAAGAAGAGGAAGGCAAGGAACCAGUGACGGGCACCCUCACACGCAAAGCGAAGGUGCAGCAGAGGGAGCGAGAUGAACUGCUCGAGCAGAUGAGCAAGAGGCUGAAGACUGAUGACAAUGUGGAGUGGCUGGACCAGCACCGCACCCUCCGCGAGCAGGGCGUGGACCCCUCGCAGACGGUGCUGCUGAAGCGGCGCCUGUUCUUCUCGGACCGCAACGUGGACGCGCGCGACCCCGUGCAGCUCAACCUGCUGUACGUGCAGACUCGGGACGCCAUCCUCAACGGACGCCAUCCCGUUACUGAGCAGCAAGCUGUCGAAUUCGCUGGGAUCCAGUGUCAGGUCCACUUUGGAGAUUACCAGGAGAAGAAACACAAACCUGGCUUCUUGGAGAACCUUGAAGAGUACCUCCCUAAGCAGUACUCUAACGCGUGGGGCGUGGAGAAGAAGAUCCACAAGGCGUACUCCCAGCACCAGGGCGUCAGCCACCUGGACGCCAAGUACCUGUACAUCAAGACUGCCAGGGACCUGCCUACCUAUGGAGUCACGUUCUUUGUUGUUAAGGAGAAGCAAAAAGACAAGAAGAAGCUGGUUCCUCGGCUCCUGGGCAUCAACGCGCAAGCCAUCCUGCGCCUGGACGAGGUCACCAAGGAGAUCCUGCAGACCUGGCCGCUGACACACGUCAAGACCUACCACGCCGGGAAGUCGCAGUUUUUCACACUCAACUUUGGUGACUACAGUGAUAAGGAAUACAGCGUGAAGACAAAGGACGCGCUCCGCAUCCGCGACAUCCUGGAGGGCUACAUCGACAUCAUCGGGCGCCGCAUGCGCGCGCAGCCCACCGCCGACACCGCCGAGUCUAUGGCCAUCAUGCAUGACAACAUACAGACUGGCAGGAGUCACAUCAUCCAACACAUGUCACACAACACCGUCAAGGUCGUGUCAGAAACAUUCGUGGGCCCCACUAAGAUACUGCCCUAUGAUACCGGUUCCCAAGCACAGCAGGGCACUCAAAUAAUGUCAGUACAACAGAUUGUGGUCACAGACCAUCUGCAGAACAAACAACAUGCCUUGAAGGGUGAGGUUCCCCUGCGCGGCGUCAUGUCUGACGAGUGCGUCCGCAAGCUGCGCCGCAUGAACUCCAACUCCGUCAAGAUCGUCACUCUGCUUACCGAUCCUACGGAUGUCAACGUACAGGAUGCACAGAAAAUUGUAGCCAACAUGCAAGAGGACUUCCCUGAAGUGGAGAAAGGUGUAAUUGAAACAGCUGAAAAGCAAACGAUAGACGAAGCGAAGAAGAUGCUGCAAGACGAGCUCCAAGACCUGAAGAACUACUUGAACAAGCUGACGGAGAACACCAAGCAAGGGAAUGUUAACCCGGCGGACGCGAAGGAGUCGGCGGAGUACAUUGCGGAUGUGACGGCACAACUCUACCUGUCAACUGACCCCAAGACCAGGAAGGGAAGUGAGAUACUCAGGCGCUCCCGCAAGAGCCUGAAGGCGGGCGAGCGCACGGAGCGCGCGACCCGCCGCGUGUCGCUGUCCGCGGCCGCCGCCGCCGCGCGGAGGGCCACCGACCGCGCUGCGAGCACCUUGCGACAGGACUACGAUGGAGAAAAACUAAACGAUGCUGAGAGAAGGCAGUUGGAGAAAGCCUUACAGGAGCGAAUGGGCAAACUGAAUGCUGCCAUAGCGUUGUUCUUAACUGCUUACUCAGACCCGAAGAACGUGGACUACGACGCCGCCAUCAACUCCAUGAAUAACAUCAACGAACUGAUGCCGGAACUGGCAAGAGAUGCUCAAAUCCUGGGCAGCAGUAUGGAUGAUGCCGGUCGCCAGGAGUUGCAGGACGACAUGCGCACUCUGUUGGAGGCCACCGGGAGACUCUGUGCCAUGGACGGCAGCGAGGAUCAUGAGAAAAUGCAAGAAGCAUCAAACAACUACGCGGACAUCGCCGGGAAGUUGAUAUUCACAUUCGCGCGCGGAACUAACGCGGCUGAUGAAAACGAGAUAAUCGAGCUGGCGAAGACAGCCGGCGACAAGGCGUCGCUGCUGCUGGUGCUCAGCAACGAGCUGGCCUGCCAGGCGGGGCCCGCGCCCGCCGCACAGGAGGUCAAGGACGCCGGGGCCCGCGCUGCCGCCGCCGCCAGGGACCUGCUGGCCUGCGCACAGCUGACCGCCCCCGCCAUCCACGAGGCGCACUGCCGCAGCGCGCUGUGGGCCGCGUCGGCCGGCCUGCGCGGCGGCGUGCAGCAGCUGCAGGCCGCCGCGCGCCCGCUGCUGGAGGCCGGCGCGCGGCUGCGUCUGCGGCAGCCGCUGCACGCGCGCGCUGCUGACGUGCACAAGGCGCUCGACAAGCUGCAAGACGCAUACACUGCGCUAGGUGAUGACAUCGCUGACGCGUCCCUACCGCUGCAGGAGCGACAGCGGCUGAGGUUCAUACACACCAUGGCCGGCGCCAAGAACAAGCUUCAAGGCGUAGAGGAUCUGUGGAAUAAGUCCGCGACUGCUCCUCCCAGCGAGCGCGACAUGUCUGAAGCUCGUCGCCGCCUGUCCCACCAGAUGGCGCAACUGAACGCCGCUGUCGCCGCCCUCACUGCCACUACCGCUGAUCCUGAGAAUCCUGACUACGCUACCGUUGAUCUGGCGAUCAGUACAAUAUCGGAGUUGAUGCCGCAAAUUGUCAAAGAUUCGGAAUUGGUGAGCUCUGACAAGGACGAGGCGACCCGUGCGGCCAUGCUGCGGCAGGUCCGCGGGCUGUGCGCGGCCGCCCGGGACCUGCUGCCCGGGGCAGGGGAACUGCACGGCCAGAGUGAGGCUGCGUCCAACUUCGCUGCUGCGUCUGGUAAGCUGGUGUUCCUGGUCAGUCCUGGAGCCGACAAGGGCAAGGGGAAAUAUGUGGUAGACACAGCAGGUGUAGCCCGCGACCAGCUAUCAGAGCUAGUGUCCCAGGCACAGCGUGUGGGACCCAGGCUGCCCCCCGCGGCCGCCGCCGAGCUGGACGCGGCCUGCGCACGCGCAGGACACGCGGCGCACGCGCUGCUGCCCGUCGCACAGGUGACAGCCCCAAGUCUGCACGACCCUCGUUGCCAAGACGCCCUGACCACCGCCCUGGUCCGCGCUCGCACUGCCGCGUCAGACUUGGUGUCCUGCACGGACCCCCACCUGCAGGACCAGCCCGAGCUGCAGGACCUGCUCCUCCAGAAGCGAGGCCAGCUGGAAGACAGCCUUGAGAAGAUCGCUCAAGCCAUGCAUGUUGGACAACAGGAUAGGUCGAGUUACAUCCCGACUGAGCAGGAGAGGCAGAGGCUGCAGUUCAUCAGCAGCACUGCGGGAGCCAAGAACAGGCUGGAGGAGGCGCAGCAACAGUUAGACCAGCCUCUAGUCUCCCAGCCGCUGCCUGAAGCAGCUGCCUCCCCUCUCCAGCACAAGCUGUGGCAGCGUCUGGCGCAGCUCAACGCAGCAGUCGCCAGCCUCGCCGCCGCUACUGCUGACCGUGAGAACCCUGACUACGCGGGUGCGCAGCAAGCUGUCGCCACCAUCAGUGAGAUGAUGCCGGGGAUCGUACAGGACUCCCGCACUCUAUGUGGCACCAAGUCGGAGACAGAACAAGCGCAGAUGUUACAAGACCUGCGCGCGCUGUGCGAGGCUACGAGGGAACUGUGUGACAACGCAGGGGAGCCACAGGGUUUGGGUGUGGCUGCUGCGAAAUUCUCGGCGGCGACAGGUAACCUGGUCUUCUGUGUCAGUCCUAGCAAACGCUCAGCUGAUCGCGAGCAAGAGGUGAUAGAGUUAUCAUCAGCGGCGUGCGGCAAAGCCUCCGAGCUGCUGUCCCGGGUGCAGACCCUGGAGCAGCAGCUGCAGGAGAAGGAUCCCGCAGCCGCCUCCGAGCUGGAUGCCCGCGGAGCUAGGACCGCUGAUGCUGCACAGGCGCUACUGACUGUCGCACAGCUAUCAGCGUGCAGUAUAGCGGACGCGGGCUGCGCGGCGGCUGUGAAGUCAGCGGCGGAAGUCCUCCGGGGCUCCGCGCGGGCCCUCACCGAGUCCUGCCGGGGUCAUGCUGUGCAGGACGAGGGGGUCCUGCUGCGACAGCGGGAGCAGCUGGAGGACGCUAUCGACAGGCUGCUGCAGGCCUGCAAGAAACAGGAUGAUGGUCCUUCGCAAGAAGAGAAGUCAGCCCAGCAAGAGAAGAAGCGGCUCCAGUUCAUUAGCAGCGUGUCUGGAGCUAAGAGUCGUCUGGACGCCGCCGAACAACAACUUAGCCAGCCACUGGUUUGCCAGCUGAUGCAUCCACAAGCUGGCUCAGCUCUCCAGCACAAGCUGUGGCAGCGUCUGGCGCAGCUCAACGCAGCAGUCGCCAGCCUCGCCGCCGCCACUGCUGAUCGCGAGCACCCUGACUACGCGGCCGCGGAAUACGCUACGAAGACCAUCUCAGAACUGAUGCCAGACAUUGUUCAAGACUCCCGCACUCUAUGUGGCACCAAGUCGGAGACAGAACAAGCGCAGAUGUUACAAGACCUGCGCGCGCUGUGCGAGGCCACGAGGGAACUGUGUGACAACGCAGGCCAGUCCCAGGGUUUAGGUGAGGCUGCGGCUAAAUUCUCGGCAGCGUCAGGCAACCUGGUCUUCUGUGUCAGUCCUAGCAAACGCUCAGCUGAUCGCGAACAACAGGUGAUAGAGCUAUCAGCCGCGGCCUGUGGCAAAGCCUCCGAACUGCUGUCCCGGGUGCAGACCCUAGAGCAACAGCUGCAGGAGAAGGAUCCCGCAACCGCCUCCGAGCUGGAUGCCCGCGGAGCCAAGACUGCUGAUGCUGCACAGGCUCUGCUAGCUGUCGCACAGGUUUCAGCGUCCAGUAUAGCGGACGCGGGCUGCGCGGCGGCUGUGACGUCAGCGGCGGAAGUCCUCCGGGGCUCCGCGCGGGCCCUCACCGAGUCCUGCCGGGGUCAUGCUGCGCAGGACGAGGGGGUCCUGCUGGAACAGCGGCAGGAGUUGGAAGACGCUAUCGACAGGCUGCUGCAGGCCUGUAAGAAAGAUGAUGAUGGUCCGUCUCAAGAAGAGAAGUCAGCCCAGCAAGAGAAGAAGCGGCUCCAGUUCAUUAGCAGCGUGUCUGGAGCUAAGAGUCGUCUGGACGCCGCCGAACAACAACUUAGCCAGCCUCUGGUCUGCCAGCUGAUGCAGCCGGCAGCUGGCUCAGCUCUUCAGAACAAGCUGUGGCAGCGUCUGGCGCAGCUCAACGCAGCAGUCGCCAGCCUCGCCGCCGCCACUGCUGAUCGGGAGAACCCUGACUACCCAAGCGCAGAAGAUGCCGUCAGAACUAUAACUGAACUUAUGCCGUCAAUUGUACAAGAUUCACGUACACUAUGUGGUACUAAGGACGAGGCGGGCCAGGCCGCCAUGUUGAAAGACCUUAAAGCUCUGUGUGAGGCCAGCAAGGAACUGUGUGACGGAUCUGUGCAGCAAGAGGGUCUGGGUGAAGCUGCUGCCAAGUUCUCAGCAGCAUCAGGCAGUCUAGUGUUCCUCGUUAGUCCAUCUAAAGAAAAUCUACUUGAACAACAGGUCAUAGAUCUUACAUCGGUGGCCUGUGGCAAAGCCUCCGAGCUGCUGUCUCAGGUCCAGACCCUCGAGCAGCAGCUACAGGAGAAGGACCCCGCAGCCGCGGCCGAGCUUGAUGCCCGCGGAGCCAGGACUGCUGAUGCUGCACAGGCUCUGCUAGCUGUCGCACAGGUGACAGCUCCCAGUCUAGCGGACCCUGCCUGCGGCACAGCAUUAUCAUCUGCUGUGGAAGUACUCCGGCAGCGCUCGCAGCAGCUGACUGCCUCCUGCCAGCCCCAUGCCGACCAGCAGCAGCAGGAGACCCUGGCGACUGCGCAACAGACCCUGGAGAACAGUCUCCAGGACUUGCUGAAGGCGUGCUAUUCUGCUCAGUCAGUCCCAGCCCCGGCGGUGUCGCUCUCCCCACAACAAGACAAGCAGCGUCUGAAGUUCAUCAGCACUGUCUCGAGGGCCACCGGACGACUGGACGCGGCCGAACAGCAACUCGAACAGCCUCAGCUACGUCAGCUGUUGAAGCCGGAAGACAGCUCGCAGCUGCAGCAGCAGCUGUCGGGCCGCUGCCAGCAGCUGGACGCAGCCGCCGCCGCGCUCGCUACUGCUACACAAGACGCAAAGAACCCCGACUAUGCGGCUGCAGAGCGAGCUGUCAUCACCAUCACUGAGCUGAUGCCGCAAAUAACUUACGCCUCCCGCGCCGUGUCCAGUUCCCUGGACGCGGGCUCGCGCGCCGCCCUCCUGCAGCAGGCGGCCGCGCUGUGUGGCGCCAGCCGCGCGCUGCUCCGCGGUCAGGGACAGCCACAUGAGUUACACGAUGCUUCGACUAAGCUCGCAAACGCAUCGAACAAGCUGCUGUUUAUCAUCGACCCCGGGCACAAGACUGAUGCGAAGCAGACUGGAGAUCUUCAGGCCGCCAGCAAGCCAGUCCCGGGCGUGAAGCCCGCGGUCCCGGCGCGGGGCCCGGCGCCUGCGCAUGCCGCCGACACGCAGGCCUUCCUCAACAGGCUGCGGCAAGAGGAGAUUAUCGAUAACAAAGCCCGCGUGGUAUCUAUGACUCGUAUCGACGCGGCGAGCUCCGCCACGCAACAGUACGCGCGGCUGGUCGAGGAUAUCAACAAACAGCUUGACAACGCAGAGAAGGAACUUAAACAGCUGUCUGACGCGGCCAGUACCGCCAGCCCGCGGCCGGCCGGGCCGAGCGCGCUGGCGGUGUGGGACCGCGAGCAGCGGCUGGAGGACGCGCUGGCCCGCGCCGCGCAGCAGCUGGCCGCGCUCGUGGCCGCCAACUAUACUGACAAACUGGACUACACUGCGGCUACACAGCCCACUGUAGCUUUGUCGGAGGCGGUCAAAAGUAUCGUUGAUGACGGCGGUGUGAUCAGCGGCUCCCUGCAGGCUGCUGCCAGGCGCAGCUUCCUGCAGGACCUGCUGGGGCUGUGCCACUCCACCAGGGCCGUGUGUGAGGCCGCCAGCAAAGAUAGGAAGAAAUUGAACGACUCCGCGAUAGCAUUCGGCAAUCAGUCCGCCAAGUUGCUGCGCGUUGUCAGCUCUGACGUCAACCGCACCAUGGAGAAGGAGGUGAUAUCCCGAGCCAAGGCUAUCGGGGACACAGCCUCCCGCGUAGCUCUGGAAGCGGGCGUCGUGGCCGCUGACGACUCGGUGAAGUUCGAGGACCGCCACGUGCAGGACAUCUGCACUGCCGGCGCGGCCUGCGUGGAUGCGGCCGGGAAACUCGUCUAUACUGCCAAGCUGGUAGCACCAACAAUCCACCACACGACCUGCCAGAACACCCUCACAUCAUCAGCAGAUAGCCUCUCAUCAUCUCUGACCGCCUUCUCCAAGACCUUGACUCCGCUGACAUCCGCUCAGCAUCCUGGAGUCCAGAAGCUGGUUGAGGAAACGCGGAGCUUGGAGGAGCUGGUGGCCAAGCUGAAGAGUGACGUGAAGGCUGGAGACCUCGGGAGGAGGAGGGAGGUGGAUAGAAUGGUGGAGUUGGAUACUCCGCUGAGACAGAUGACUGUGCAGAUCAUUGAUAAUGCCAGGAACAUGUCGGAGUACGGCGACAUAUCCCCGGAUCUCAAGCAGCAGUACGCCGCGUACAGCAGCCGCCUGGCGGAGGCUCUGCAUGCACUAGACUUGGCUAACGCCAGGUACCAGAGAGCUGCUCAUGACAAAGAAAAGAGGGAGCAGAUGGAAAUAGCAGUCCAGGACCUGCAGAUGACGCUGCUGCAGACCAGGCCGUCCCGGGUGGGACAGGAGAGGAACAAUAUCGUGGACUUUAGGGACUUCCUCCAAGAUCUGGUGAAGGAAUCCGAUGAUCUUCAGGAAUCAGUCAAACAACAUGAAGGUUUGGCUGGCAAGAGAACUGCUGAGGACAUUAAUCUCCUGUGCAGCAAGAUCAGUGAGGACGCGAACAAGCUGAUGUUCCCCGAGCAGGCCAGCGGCGAAGUCACUGUACUCACCAGCGUCGACGAUGUAGCGGACAUCGACCAUUUCGGACAGGAGUGCGAUGUCCUGGUGAAGGAGAUCAACUCAGCCAUCCAGGGCAUCCAGGAUCAGAAGACGAGGGAGGUCCUCCGGGCGAAGGCUCUGCCGCUCACUGAGAGCUGCCACCUGUUGCGUUUCGCCACCAACUGCCACAUAUCGGCGACGAAGACAGCCGCCUUCGACGAGGUGCUUCGGGAGCUAGACAACUUCGAGGAGGCCGUCAUUCAGCCCAUCAUCAAGGAUGUCAUGAUGAAGAAGGAGAAAAAGAGCGGCUCCCCCCCCGCCUGGAGCGCGCGGGCGCGGCGCGGCAGUGCGGGGCUGGUGCUGGCGGCGCGCGCGGCGGCGGCGGGCCGCCCGCACGACCUGUGUCGCGCGCUCACGCACUACGCCGCCGAGACCGCCAGGGAGGCCGCGCAGCGGGACACCUGGAGUACCCUGGAGACCCACAUGAACCAGGUCCUAACUCAGGUGCACGACGUGACGAGCGCGUCCUGCCUGCGGCUCGCCAACUGGGACCCGCGCUACUCCAGCGAGUUCACCUCGCAUUCGAUACUCAAGAACCUGAACGACCUGGAUUACAAGUUCAGUAGCAAGAAGUUGAAGACUCCAGUGUUGAAUGACGAGGAUAUUGACAAGUUGUUACUGUGUCAGAGGCACAAGGUGCAGGGAACGCAGAGCCAGCUGCAGGCCAAGCUCCAGCAGCUGUCGACGCAGCUGGGCUCGCUGAGCGGCGGCGUGCUGCUGAGCGUGAGGACGCCGGACUCGCUCGGCCGCAGCCUGCACGCCGCCGCUGAGGUCGCCGCGCAGCUAGCUGACACCGCUCGCGGGCUGAAGGAUCAGGCUAAACCAGCGCAAUGCACGAAGAUCGAGGAUGCUGCGCAUGAGAUGUGCCUCGCGACCUACACCCUGAUGAAGACUGCGGAAGUCAUUUGUCAGAAUCCGAACCACCACAACGCUCGCAGGAGACUGUUAGAUGCUUGCCAUCAUCUCAACGAUACCAUCAAUCAAUUGGUACGCAGUGUGAACCCAACCAACAGAGUAUCCCAGGAAUGCAGCGAGCUACACCGUAGCCUGCAGCUACAGCGUAGCAUGCUACAGGCUACGCCGCAGCCCUGUGGCGCGUUGCCCUACGACCACUGCCUCGAUACUCUGCAGUCGCAGAGGGAGGUGCUACUAAAAAUGAACAGCGAUCAAGCCAUGUCUCGCGAGGAAUUCCUGAAGAGCAUGCAUUACGUGGGCUCAGCUGUUAACAACAGCACAGACUGCGCGGCACACGCUGCUUACCUGGUAUCAGUAUCAGAAAAGGACGCAUCGAUUGGAAAGCAAGGCAUCGUAGAUGUUCCGAAGCUGUCCAAGUCCGUGCAGGCCGCACAAGACUCGUGUGUGUCCAUCAUCAUCGCUAAUAACGAGGAGCUGAUCUAUGAAGAACAGAAGACUCUAGAAGGUCAAGUGGAGGAGCUCCUGUCCAACCUAGAGAGCGCGCAUGAGCUGACCAGGUCUGCAGACCUCAAGCUCAUGCUGAAGAAGAGCGCGGAGGAUGUGCAGUUCUCCGCCAAAGCUUACUAUAAUAUCGCCAAGCAGGAUAAACCAAAGGACGUGAAGAUGUCUCUCAUAAUGAGCCUGUUGGACGACAUCUCCAGCGCUGGGCAUCUGCUGGAACAUCCUGACCUGGUCCCCAUCGCGGCCGAGCUGAAGCCAGACACUCAUGAGCACUGCCAGGAGGUCACGAAGAGCUCGCUUGAGCUGUUGAAAAACACGGAGGAUCUGAUCAAGGAGGUGAAGACAUCAGAACAGCCCGAGGUCAUGAAAUGGGUGGUGUUCAACAAGAGAAGGGAUGUGUUGGAGUCCUACGAUGUAUUGCUCAAGAUUGUCAAGACUGUCGGUCAGCAAGCUAAACUUUUGCAAGCGACUGAAGAACCAGAGGAGGAAAAGAAGAGUUACGUGCAAAAACAAUUCGAGACAGCGUCCAGGUGGCUGUCGAAACCAAUAACCAAAGCUGAGGUCAAGACGAACGGACAACAAGCUGUACGGAACCUUAUAGAGGUUGCUAAUAAGGUAUCUGAAGACCUGAAAGGCGCUGACAAGGAUGACAUGAAGCAUAUGGUGAUGGAAACGGAACAGCUGCUGACCGAGUGCUGCAAGAAGUACGACCAUGAGCAGUACAGUGUCCUGCUGGAGCGAAUCCGCGACGUAAAGAAGGCUAUCGAGCGCGGCGUGGUGACGCGCGUCGUCGAGGACUUCAUGGAGGCGGAGGCGCCGCUGCAGGACCUGCACCUGCUGGCUGAACACGAGCCUGACGAAACGAAACGCAAGUUCAUUCUUGAGAAGAAGAUAGCUGAGCUCCUGGCGCAGCUCGGGCGCGUCACGAAGACUGCGCGCCUCAUCGCAGACACGGACGAGAGAGGCCGCGGGAUCACACAGUGCAGCCAACAGGCUGAGUUGCUGGCUCCGAUGUUAGUAAAAGCUGCGCAGCAGAGAGUGGCCGCACCAGACGAUAAGGCGGCUAUAGAGAAAUACCAGGAGCUACUAGCUCAGUAUGCAGAGUCGUUGUCCAAGAUUCGAGACCUGUGCGAUCAGUCCGUGGAUCCCAUGGACUUCGUACAAACUGCUGGUGAAACUAUGCAGCGCAUGCGCGACGAGUCCAAGACCCACAACGACCCCAUGAAGUGCGCGCACACGUCUGCCGCCAUCACCAAACUAGCAAACCGCGUGAUCCACGUGGGCCUGUCGUCCCCGUCGGCCCGCGCGGACCCCGAGCUGCAGCGCUCGCUGGCGGCGGCGCAGGCGCAGCUGCAGGCGGCCGCGCCCGCGCCCGGCGCCCGCGCCAGCCGCCUGCCCGACUGGAAGGAUACCACUGCCAAGAUCUUGCAAGCCACUGAUGAAGUGGAAUCCUUGCUUGGUGGAGACUCCAUCUUCAAGCAGCAACCGGAACCAAACCAACCUAUUUAUAACGAAGCUCUGAACCUGCACGUGGCGAUCCGCGACUGGUCGUCACGUGACAACGAGAUCGUGGCCGUCGCCAAGCGGAUGGCCGUGCUCAUGGCCAAGCUCUCCAACUACAUGAACAACGACAAGCAGCGCGAGGUCCUGGCGACCUCGAAGUCCAUCGUGCAGGAGUCGCACGAGGUGGCGCGCCUCGCCAAGAAACUGGCGCACGAGUGUACCGACCACAGGAUCAAGACGAACUUGCUACAAACGUGUCAGCGGAUCCCGACCAUCAGCGGUCAACUGAAGAUGUUGACCACCGUCAAAGGGUUCUCUCUCGGAAGACAUGGGACACAGGAAGAUAAGGAGGCGAUGGACAUGCUUGUAGGGAAUGCUCAGAGUUUAAUGUUGAGUAUUCAAGACGUAGUGAAGGUCGCAGCGAGUGCGUCAGUCAAGAUUAUGUCCCAACGCGGCCCGAGAAUGAAGUGGGUGCGACGCAAGACAUCCUACUAACCGCUGGACAUACAGUCCUUAUUUACAUAAUGCAUUUACCAAAGUUAACACUGAAGUUUUAUUUUUGUAAGCGUAUUCUUGUAUCAAUAAAUAAUGAAAGUA